AUGAAAGAGAGCCAGCUUCUGAGAGAGAAGAUGAAAGGAAAUGUAAGUGAAAAAGAUAAAGUGAGAUCAAGGAAAGACACAAGAAUGCCACAACCAAAUUUGGAAACUGUUGUUUGCUCAAGGAAUGCCCCCCACAGUGUUGAGGCUGUGAGGAAAAUGAAAGAGAGCCAGCUUCUGAGAGAUAAGAUGAAAGGAAAUGUAAGUGAAAAAGAUAAAGUGAGAUCAAGGAAAGACACAAGAAUGCCACAACCAAAUUUGGAAACUGUUGUUUGCUCAAGGAAUGCCCCCCACAGUGUUGAGGCUGUGAGGAAAAUGAAAGAGAGCCAGCUUCUGAGAGAGAAGAUGAAAGGAAAUGUAAAUGAAAAACAUAAAGUGAGAUCAAGGAAAGACACAAGAAUGCCACAACCAAAUUUGGAAACUGUUGUUUGCUCAAGGUCACCAGGAAGGCAUAACUGUAGAGAGCACUCAUCCACUCCAAAACCCACAACACUGCAAAUAGGGCAGCUGUCAAGGAAUGUGACAAGGGAGCAUAUCUUUGAAAUAUUUGAGGCAUUUGGAAAUGUAAAAAAUGUAGAAUUUCCAAUGGAUAAACUGCAUCCAGGCUGUGGUACGGGGUCUGCAUAUGUUGAAUAUGCAACGCUGGCUGAAGCUCAAAGUGCAAUGAAGCAUAUGGUUGGUGGGCAGAUAGAUGGCCAGGAGAUAACAGCUGCUCUGGUGCUGAUGCCACCCAAACCAAGACCAUCUCUACCUCGCCCCAGUCCUCCCCGCAGACCUGUGCAUUGUAUCAGUUUCAUUCACCUCCACCACCACAACAUUGGAGAAGUCUGCCUCAUCGGCGACCUCAUUGCUCCAGAUCUUGUUGUUGAACACCUGUUCAUUAAAGGUGGUACAGUUAUUCAAGCUCCAGUAAUUCACACUGAUUUUGCUUGUGAAGAACCUCUUGGUUUACAUACUGAUUGA